AUGGCCGCCCAAAGACAGAACGUUUCCAGCGACCUAGUCUGGCAGCUCACCCGCAACCAGAAUGCUUUUCUGGUCAAGCGUAACAGCGGCGGUGGCUCUCAGUUCUCCCGUGAUCCUUUGAACUUGCAGAAUAAGCACUCUUUCAAGCACGCUGGAUACGCCAACACCAAGGCUAUUGGUGUACAGGCCACUGAGAACGGUGGCGUUGUUGUUAUUACCAAGAAGUCUGGCAAUGCCCAGCAGCCCGGAAAGAACGCCGUUCGUGUGACCUUUGGACCCAAGUCCUCCACCCGCAAGAUCUACAAGGGUGUUGCAGACAAGACCGCAAAGAACGGCUACCGUGCUGACCUCCGUGAGGACGCUGUUGCUCGUGUGAGCGCCAUUCGCCGUUCUCAGAAGCCUAAGAAGGAUACUCCUCCCCAGAAGCCCAGAGGUGCUCAGGCCCGGAAGGCCGCUGAGCAGGAGUCGGCAUAA